AUGUGUACCUAUUCAACAAAAAAUCUAAGUCAACCAUGGCCAAUAUUGAAACAUUAUGAUCAAGAACAUUUAUAUAAUAUUGCUCUUCCACUUGGUGGAAUUGGUACUGGUACAGUGAGUUUAGGUGGACGUGGUGAAUUACGUGAUUGGGAAAUAGGAAAUAAACCAGCAAAAAAAUAUAGUACCGUAACUACAGGAAAUGAUGCACCAUUUUUCUCUAUAUUUGUUAAUCAACCAUCAACAUCAACAAAAAUAACGAAAGCUCUUAUAGGACCUGUUCAUCCGACAGAAUAUUUACAUUAUGAAGGUCGUGCUUGUAAUAAUCAUGGUUUACCAAGAUUUGAGCACGCUUCAUUUGAUGCUGCCUAUCCAUUUGGAAUGGUUAAUUUAUCCGAUAGUAAAAUGCCCGUACAAGUAUGUAUUAAAGGUUUUAAUCCAUUUAUUCCAACCGAUGCAGAAUCUAGUGGUAUUCCAAUAGCUGUUCUAUAUUAUGAAGUAACAAAUACAACAAACGAAAUUUUAGAUGUUAGUAUAUGUGGAUCAAUGAGAAAUUUUGUAGGACAAGAUGGAAGUAAAUAUUUCAUUGCUGGUGAUGGUGAUUAUGUUCCUACUGGAGCUAAAAAUAAUACAAAUAUUUAUAGAGAAGAUUUAGCAGGAAAACUAAAAGGUAUUUAUAUGAAUUCAACUAAUGUUGAUCCGAAUGAUCCAGCAUGGGGAACAAUUGCAUUAACAACAUUAGUUGAUUCAUCGAAUACAACAAAUGUUACAUAUCGUUUAUCGUCGAUUUCAAAUGCAUGGUAUCAUGCUAUACUCGAUUUUUGGGAUGAUUUUAGUGCAGAUGGUACACUUCAUGAUAAAGGACAAUUAAUUGAUGAUAAUCCAAUGGGAAGUUUAGCUGUAAAAAAACAAAUUCAACCGCAUAGUACUGAACUUUUUCCAUUUUUUAUUACUUGGAAUUUUCCUAAUCGAAUGGCAUGGUCAUCAACUAUCGUUGGCAAUUAUUAUUCAACAUUGUAUAAAGAUGCUUGGGAUGUAUGUAUUAAAACAUUACCAUCACUUGCUGAUUUAGAAUCGACUACACUUGAUUUUAUAAAUCUUAUUUUGGCAAGUGAUUAUCCAGGUGUAUUGAAAGAAGCAGCAUUAUUUAAUUUAGCAACACUUCGUUCACAAACAGUAUUUCGUAUUAAUGAUGGACAUUUAAUGGCAUGGGAAGGAGUUUUUGAUAUAUUUGGUUCAUGUUAUGGUUCCUGUACACAUGUUUGGAAUUAUGAACAAGCUAUUGGAUUUCUUUUUGGGAAUCUUGCUAAAACAAUGCGUGAUGUUGAAUUUAAUUAUGCAACAUUUGAUGAUGGUGCAAUGAAUUUUCGUGUACAACUUCCAUUAACAAAACCACAAACACGAACUGGAACUGCUGCUGAUGGACAAAUGGGUUGUAUUAUGAAAAUGUACCGUGAUUGGCAAUUAUCUGGUGAUGAUGAAUUUUUAAGAAAGAAUUGGGAACAAGUAAAAAAAGUUCUAAGCUUUGCAUGGCAACCUAAUAGUUGGGACGCUGAUCAGGAUGGUGUUGAGGAAGGUGCUCAACCAAAUACAAUGGAUGUAACUUAUUAUGGUCCAAAUCCACAAUGUAAUUUCUGGUAUUUAGGAGCUCUUCGUGCCGCAUUUGUUAUGGCUUUGUAUCUAGGUGAUGAAACUUUCGGUAAUAAAUGUCUAUCUUUAUUUACAAAUGGUAGUAAAUGGGUUGAUAUGAAUUUAUUUAAUGGUGAAUAUUAUGAACAGAAAAUUAUUGAUCCUAAAACUGGUCAAUUUCUUGAUCAUGAUGAUCCAAAUGUACCUGAUUAUCAACUUGGUAAGGGUUGUCUUGUUGAUCAAUUAGUUGGUCAAAUGAUGGCACAUGUUUGUAAUUUGGGUUAUCUUGCUAUACCAGAAAAUAUUGCAACAACAUGUCGUAGUAUAUUAAAAUAUAAUUAUCUUGAUACAUUUAAUGAACAUUUUAAUAAUAUGCGUUCAUAUGUUCUUGGUAAUGAGAGUGGUCUUUUAAUGGCAUCAUGGCCACGCGGACGUUUACAAUUUCCAUUUCCAUAUUUUUCUGAAUCAAUGACUGGUUUUGAAUAUACAGCUGCAUGUAAUAUGAUCUAUGAAAAUCAAACACAACAAGGUUUAAAAUGUGUUCAAAGUAUUCGUGAUCGUUUUGAUGGUCUUAAACGAAAUCCAUUUAGUGAACCAGAAUGUGGACAUCAUUAUGGACGAUCAAUGACUAGUUGGACAACACUUUUAGCUUGGUCUGGCUUUCAUUAUUCUGCUGUUACACGAACUAUGGAAUUUGGUAUGAGAGCAGGUGUAUUUUUUUGGUCAAAUGGAUAUUCUUGGGGUUCAUGUUGGAUUGUAGAAAAUAGAACACAAGCACAUUUAAUGAUUUCUUAUGGUUCUAUUGAAAUAGAGUAUUUUGGACUUCAAGGCAAAACAAUGAAAAAAUUACCAGAACGAGUGAUUUUAUCAGCUAAAAGUAAUAUGAAAACACUUACAAUUGACUUUGAUAAUUAA